AUGCAUUAUGGAAUAAUUGGGCACUUUGGUACAGUCAUGAACUUCUUACUAUUCAGCAUUAAUAUCAGUACAGGAACCAUAGUUAUAGCCAUCAAUAUCAGAGCCACAGCCAUUCAUGUCAGACCAUUAGUGCUAUAUCAGUCUUCUCCACACUGUCAUAACAAGCAGCAACCAAAAUUUAAGCUGAAAGUGAAAUCAGAGGACAUAUGGACCAUAAAAGGCAGUCAGGGUAACAUGUGGUUGCCAGCUAAGGUGGACAUUAAUACUGCAGACUUGAACUACACCCUGAUCUUGGAGGCUGUUCUUGGGGAGGAUCACGAGGACUCCUAUGUUUCACUUGAUGACUUAUAUUACUACAAUAUCACCUGUGAUAAUGUAGAUGUUGGCUCUGUGACACAACAUCAGUGUGAUUUUGAGGAACCUGACUUAUGUGACUGGGAACAAGUGACUGAGGAAGAUAAUGCUGAUUGGGAAUGGGUUAAUGGCUCUCAAGGAGCUGCAGGCUCUGAUCACUCAUAUAAAACUCCUGUGGGCCACUACCUUCAGUUAACCACAAUUGAGCAGGAAGCAGGUACACAAAAAAAGGCCUUUUUACAGUUACCCCCAUUCAUGGAUAUGGCAGUAGGUGAUUAUUGCUUUCAACUCUAUUACCUUCGCUUCGGUGGGAUUCGACCUGGCAACAUCAGCAUCUUGGUUGAGUUUGCUGGUGAUAUUACACCAGUUGUGGAGUUGAAUGAUAUAGAUGGCACCUUGCUCUGGACACUCCUACAGCAGACCUACAGUAAUUAUGAAGACCAGGCUACUGUUGGUUUUGUUGUAAGUGGAGAAGUUGGGGCAUCAUCAUCAGAAACUGGAAGAUCAGUGGUAGCAAUAGAUGACUACUCCUUAACCAGCACAGCCUGUCCACAGCCAGGAUCAUGCACAUUUGAAGAUGCUCAUAUGUGUUUAUGGCAUGUGGAUUCGAAUGAGGAAGUUGCUUGGCAGCUAACAGAUGGUAGGGAAAGCCAUGGCAAUGGCCCUCAUGUUGACCACACUACUAAUACUUCUUCAGGUGGUUAUGUGAUUGUGGAAGAUUUUGAUGUGCACAGUGGAGCCACCACUGCCUUGGUCAGUUCCCGCAUCCCAAAUGAAGAGUAUGGUUUCUGCUUCAAAUUUUUCUUUUCACUGAGUGGGGAUGAUGGUGCUCAGCUAAAGAUAUCAUCACGAAAUGAUGAGAGCAUGAAUAUCUUGUGGUCUCUGGUAGGAGAGCAAGGCCCAGACUGGCUCUAUGGACAGGUUGGCAUUCCUGGGUCAUCUGCACAUGAAGAAUUUGAGAUUGUCAUUGAAGGGAUUACUGGGUCAUAUGCUGAAGGAUGGAUUGCCUUAGAUGAUCUCUCUACUUCAGUUGGUGAAUGUCUCAUUCUACCACCAGCAGCUACACCUUCACCACCCAUCACACCCAACCCACCUGGUGACAUCUUCAACUGUGAUUUUGAAGAAAAUAUGUGCUCAGUGGUGCAAGUUACAUCAGAUGAUUUUGACUGGGUGUACCAGAGCAAUGUAGAUAACUCUGAGCUUCCUCCUGGUGGUUACAUGGUAAUGGAUGCUCAGGGACACGAUAAAGGACAGAGAGCAGUCAUUUCAACUCCAGAGUUGACCCACCUCGGGCUUCAGUGUGUCAGUUUCAUGUACCGGUUUAUAGGCUGUGAGAGUGGCACACUGUUGCUGUUCUUCACUAUUCGUGGAGAUCGAAGUGAGCCAGUUUGGCGGCGAGACACCACUACCAUACCUGCCUGGAUCCUGGCUUAUAUUGAGAUAGAUGCUGGAGAUUCCUACUUGUUGGAAUGGGAGGCACAGGUUAAUGGUGAAGAUUCCAUCAUUCUUUUGGACAGUAUUGUGAUCACAGCAGGAGGAUGCCCUAUACAAAUGCAAACCUGUAACUUUGAGUAUGAAAGUGAUACUGACUUAUAUUGUGGAGGGUACAAGUCUGGUGCACCUACUAACUUUGAGUUCUUCCGCACAUAUGCUUCAGAAUCUGGUUACAAGUAUUCCAGUGAUGAUCACACAUAUCAGUCUGCAUAUGGUUAUUUUGUUGUAGUUGACUUUGGCAAGGCUUCUCCUGGUGAACAGAUAGCUACCAUGAAUGGCCCAAGUAUAAUGGAGGAUUCAAAGUGCCUCACUUUUUGGUACCAGUUUAAAGAAAUCAGUGCAGCUAUUUUUCGGGCCAUAUUAAAUGACACACAGGAUAUAAUUUUCUCCAGUGAUGUGGGAACUGGUAACCAGUGGCAGCUGGGUGCAGGAGAUGUGUCUCCUUUUGCAAGUAAAGGUCAUGUAAUCUUCGAAGUUUUCUCUGAUGGACCCAUAGAUGGUUAUGUAGAAAUAGAUGACAUCAAACUUGACAAUUCUAAUGAAUGCUCCACACAAGGUGGUUGUAAUUUUGAGAGUGACACAUGUGGUUGGAGCAACAUGGGUAACCUGGAGUGGGUGUUCUCAAAACAUGGGGAAGAAAAUGGACCUCUUACCACCACUUGCCUUAUGUUUGUUACACCAGCUAAUGACCUUGUGGGCCAGACUGCCACUCUAGCUUCUCCCAUUCUUCUGCCUAAUUUAAACUGCAUCCAGUUUUGGUAUAAGAAGUUGGUAGGUUCCCCAGCUUCAUUGUUAGCAGUUGAAACCCUAGUACCAGCCUUCUCUGGGGAUUACUUUGAAAUUUCGCUUUGGCAGCUGAAUAAUAAUAAUGAUGACUACUGGCACAAUGGAAGGUUUCCAUUACCAGACUUGUUAAUGGACAAUGUGCAGGUUGAGUUUAUCGCAACACGACUUGAGGGUAAUUGGAGCUUGGGGCACAGUAAUGGCUUGAUAUACCUAGAUGAUGUGGAGAUACUUUCCAGCUCUGACUGCACCCUCUUACCACCUGAUGCUGUACCUAGUAGCACCACCCCAACAAUGUCUACAGCAGUUCCCACUGUGACACCCAGUGAAGCAUCAUGCAACUUCUCAAAUAAGAAUUUUUGUGAAUGGACAGCGGUGCCUGAAAGUGUCAUGUGGAGUAUUGAGAAUGGAGACUCUGAUACUCACGGUGUUGGACCACUAGGAGAUCAUACUACAGGUGAUGGUUACUUCAUGAGCCUUACACCAUCCAUGAACAACUCAAAGGGUGUUGCUAUUGUUUCCAGUCCUGAAAUGACUCCAGUGAAGGACUUGUGUAUACGCUGGUGGUACCACAUGGAUGGUUCUGAUGUGGGAAACCUUGAUGUUUAUCUCAGGAAUUUUGGUCUUAACACUAAAAUAUGGACCAGAAGUGGCUUUCAGACUGCGGGAUGGCUUGAAACGUACUUUGGUAUCAACACUUCCAGGACAUUCCUUAUAGAAUUCAGAGGUUUUCAGGGUGACAACCCCCUUGCAAACAUUGCUGUAGAUGACAUUGACUUCAGUUCGUCUGUGUGUCAAGUUUUACUCAUAACAAUCCAGAAUUAA